UGGCGGUGAGAGGAGGCUACGGCGACCGUGGUGGAGGACGAGAACCCGUCUCGGACUCCACUCUUCAUCUUCGCUCUUUCUGGCGAAGGCACCACCGUCUCUUCUUCGUCUUCGCUAUCCUUAACGAGGGCAGACAUGAUGGAUUCGUCACGCCUGCUAAAGAAGCCUAAACUGGAAGACGAGCCGAUCGAACUCAUCGAGGGCGACAAUGAAGGAAAGCCAUCUAAUUAUAAUAAGAGCCGCGACGAUAACGUGUCUAUGCAGGAGCAGGAGGAAGCCCUCGUCGCCCUGAUCGAACAUCGCACCAAGGAGUGCCAACUUCUCAAGCAGAAGCUUGCCCAUUACAAAUCCCAGCUCGAAGAGGCGGAGAAAAGAUUGAGCGAGUCCCAGGCCAAGCUGGAUCGCAUUCGUCUCCGCUCCAAAGCUGCUCCUGUUGCCACGGAUGUUGUUAAAACCGAGGCCAGGCCGUCGAACCCUAUCCGGAACAACAAUGACCACGCUCAGACGCGCCCUACGCCGUCGCAGCAAUUGUCGCGGCCUCAGCUUCUUAUUCCCCCUCAUAAUACCAGGCUUCCUUCCCUGGCUGCAGAUGCCAGAGCCGGACGGAAUGCGAAGCCAGAACUAAAAGCAUCUGCUGCCGCUGGCGGCCCAAUGGAUUCUUCCCCUUCUACUCAGCCAGCGGGUACAGGGACGUCUAAGCCCUUCAUUGAAAAGGGUGGGCCUGUUGGAUCUAAAGAAAAGAGGAUCAAGAGGAAGCUUGAGCAGAAGGAACACCAGGAUCUGAUUCACAAUAUACGUUCAUCUUCUUCACCUUGCAUAAUUAGAUUUCAAUCAGGAACCUUAAUUUCCAGUCAGCAUAAAAGGAAAUUGAGAAGUCUUGAGCUGUGCCCAGUCAAUGAUCAUCUCUUCGUCACCAGCGCUUUGGAUGGAGUUGUCAACUUAUGGCAAGUGCAGGCCAAAGGAUCCAAUGCAUCAUUACUAAGCAGCAUGGAUUGUUUAUCUCCAAAGCAACGGAGAUGGCCAGAAGAUAUAGCAUGGCAUCCAGAUGGAGAUAGAAUCUUUGCUGCUUAUACUGCUGAUGGUGGUGACUCACAGAUCUCGGUUCUGAACUUGAAUGCAUCACGAGAAAAAAAGGUUACUUUCUUGGAAGGAAAGCCUCAUCAAAAAGGCAUUAUAAAUAGCAUAAUGUUCAUGCCGUGGAUUGAUUUAUGUUUCGUAACUGGUGGGAGUGACCAUGCUGUGAUACUUUGGCAAGAAAUAGAUGAUUCAUGCAAACCCAAGACAAUACAUGGGAAUCUGCAUUCUUCUGCUGUCAUGGGAGUUGCUGGAUUGCAACAAAAGAAGACUGUACUAUCUGUUGGUGCAGACAAAAGGAUAAUUGCGUUUGAUAUGUUAUCAGGAAGAUCUGAGUUCAAAAAUCAAAUAGAAAGCAAAUGCAUGAGUGUGCUGCCAAACCCAUGUGACUUCAAUUUGUUCAUGGUGCAAGCAGGGGAACCUGGGAGACAGCUUCGGUUGUUUGAUGUACGGCUAAGGCAGACAGAAAUUCAUGCUUUCGGGUGGAAACAGGAAACAAGUGAAUCCCAAUCUGCUCUGAUUAAUCAGGCAUGGUCUCCUGAUGGUCUAUAUAUAACAUCUGGUUCGGCAGACCCCAUGAUUCAUAUCUUCGAUAUUAGAUACGAUGGACGAAAGCCUUCACAAUCGGUGCAGGCUCACCAGAAACGAGUUUUUAAAGCUGUAUGGCACCAAUCACUUCCACUUCUCACAUCAAUAUCAUCUGAUCUCAACAUUGGAUUACACAGGGCAUUAUAGAUAGUUUAGCUUCUCAGCUGUGUGGUUUCCUUCAUAACCACAGCAUCUUUUGCUUAGAUGACAUCAUGAUGCAUUCGAAUGAAACCUUUUACUAACUAAAUUCAAGGAAAUUUUAGUCUUUAA